UGCUAACACAGUUCUAGUGUGACUAUAGAAGUGGGAGAUUGUGUUUUGUUUUGCUCUGUUUUGUUUCUGUGGACCGUGGAAUUUCGAGGAGAAGUGGACAGAUGGCAGCAGCGGACGAUGGCCAAGAACGUCGCUACUCUCAAGGUUCCCCGAUAAUGCUGAAGGAGGAGGAGAGUACCUCCACUCUUCUUACCCCUCCACAUACCCCUACCCAAUGUGCUACAAGCCGAUUCCCCUUCAACGAGGACAGUUGUAGCGAUAUGGAACAACCCCGGGCCCCGUUGCCCGAGAGGUGGGGUCCUCAGCCCCCCCUACACCUACAGCCUUUCGGGUUCUGCAUCAGGAAGGAAGAAAUGACUAUGUCGUCAGCUUUCAGACCGUUCUGCAGCUCCAUGGUUCCGUGCCUGCCGCCAGAGCCCGCCAGCUACCCGGCGCUGCUCUGGCUUUACGGUCAGGCCGCGUCGCGGUGCUAUGGGCCGGGUUUGCAGGAGCCUAGGCCGGCGCCUGUUGUCACAAAGACUGCCGCAGGGACAGGCCGUACUGGGGGCAGUGGGGGGCCCAGCUCCCGGCCCACAUCGGCUUCGCGCCCCAAGAAGCAGUUCAUCUGCAAGUUCUGCAGCCGCCAGUUCACCAAGUCCUACAACCUGCUGAUCCACGAGCGCACGCACACGGACGAGCGGCCCUACUCGUGCGACAUCUGCGGCAAGGCGUUCCGGCGCCAGGACCACCUCAGGGACCACAGGUACAUCCACUCAAAGGAGAAGCCGUUCAAGUGCGGUGAGUGUGGCAAGGGGUUCUGCCAGUCGCGGACGCUGGCCGUGCACAAGAUCCUGCACAUGGAGGAGUCCCCACACAAGUGUCCGGUGUGCAGCCGCAGUUUCAACCAGCGCUCCAACCUCAAGACACACCUGCUCACGCACACCGACCACAAGCCCUACGAGUGCGCUGGUUGCACCAAACUGUUUCGCCGCAACUGCGACCUGCGUCGUCACGAGAUGACGCACUGUGACGCCGCUCUGCUCGAUCUAUCAGUUAGAACACCGCCCCCAGCCGCGAGGAAGCCAACGGGGUUCACUAUAGCGGACAUUAUGGGGCGGUAACAAGUUGGUCCGUAUUUAUCUUUUGUUUAAAUUGAUUGUGCCCAGAAGUGUGGAAAGUCGCGGUCUUUGAGCGGGUGGGACUAGGCAAAGGGGAACGUAAAUUGUUUUGUGACCAACAGCGCGGACUGUGUAGGCGACACAGUUAACAAUCUGUGUAUAGCUGUGUGUACGUGUCCCUGAUGUACCAAAGUGUUACGGGUUUGAUUCCUUUAUCCCUACUUUUUCUUGCUGUACAAAUUUUGUAUCUGAGUUACACCGCCUAGAGCUGGGGUAGGGACAUCUGUCUGAUACACGUAAUUCGAUAUGUUUCCAGCAGGCGGCGUGAGUCUGUUGCUUGCUGCCAGCUCAGUUAAUAUUUUGUGUGUGCUGAGAUAGCUGUACAGGAUGUUCCACAUAACAAGUCACUGUAAAGAGUACCCUGUGA